AUGGAUCCCGAAUUGAGGCACCAGUUGCGCGUCGAGGACCCGAUGGAAGAACCAGAACUGAAUCUCGACGGCCUGCCCAUCCCCUCGAUCCAAGUCCUUCUCGAACCCCCCACCGAGGCCCCCCUCAACGAUAACGACGAAGAAGAAGAAGAGGACGGAUUCUAUUCGCCCUUGGACCAUUUCCGGAACCUGGUCAGGUUGAGCAUGAGUAGCUCGCAGUGUGCGAGUUUGGAUGGGUUUCCCCCUUUGCCUUUGUUGCGAUCUCUGCACUUGGCGGAUAACAACAUCAGCUCGGGAUUCGAGGCAUUGGCCGAGGCCGAUUUGCAGAGUUUAGUACUCUUGGAUCUGACUGCCAACAACAUUGCUGAAGCCACAGCUCUGGCACCACUGGAUGCUCUCGAGAACUUGCAACACUUGAUGCUGGAGGGCAACCCAGUCGCAGAGACUCAGGGAUACCGUGAGGCCAUCUUUGAAGUCCUUCCCCAAUUGAUCUCCCUCGACAGUCUUGACAGGGACGGAACAAAGCUUGAUGUGGAUGAGGAUGCAUUGCCGAGUGGCGACGAAGCUGCUCACUAUCCAGGGGGCAACGUGGACGAUGAGGAGGACUAUGAGAACGAUGAAGUCGAUGCUGAACUUGAGGAUGAGGAUGAUGAGGUUGAUGAGGAUGGUCGCCGGCGCUCUUCCUCGGGCCAUUAUCAGGGUCACCCUGCAGGUGGUGCUGGCGAUGAGAGCGAAGAUAUUGGAAGUCAGGAUGAAGAGGAUGAUGAGGAGGAGUAUGAAGCUGAAGGCCGACGUGGUCAUGAAUCUGAUGAGGACGAGGAGUCGGAUGUGGAGUCCGGAUCGGAGAGGCCUGUGACGAGUGGCAAGACGGCAGGAGGAUACGGUCAUGGCGACGAGGAUGAGGAUCUUGAAGAGGACGAAGAGGAUGAGGAAGAGGAUGAGGAUGAUGAGGAUGUCGCACAGUACCAACAACAGCACCACACAACCGCAACCACAGCAGCAACACCACAACAACUCUUGCAGCAACUUCAACAGCAACAACAACAACAUCAUGUGCAGCAUAUCGCGUCUGGAUCUGAGGACGAGGAUGAUGAUGAUGAUGAAGAGGAGGAGGAUGAGGAGGAGAACGAUGAGGAGGAUGAGGAAGAUGAGGAAGAUGAGGAGGAGGAAGCUCCCGGGCUGGCGUACCUCCUUGCGGAUGAUAUCCCUGACGAAAACGAUGAUGAGUUUGAGCCGGAACCCGAACAGGAGGAGGAGAGUGAUAUCGAGAGUUCUGACGAGGAUGAAUAUGGAUCUUCCAAACUAGCAGCCCCAUCAUCAUCAUCAGCAGCAGCAGCAGCAGCAGCAACGGCUAUCAGCGAGAGCAGUAGUAGUUAUACGAAUGGACAUUCGACAACAAAACGUCCUCGGUCGCCGGGUGCGGAGGAUGAUUCGACAGGAUUUGAUCAUGGACAGGUGGGAGGGUUCGACGUGGACGGAGAGGAUGCUAAUGGGUUUGGGAUGGCGUCUUUUGAUGGCCCCGCCACGUUUGAUGAUGACUCUUCUUCGUCCGUUCAUGAGUCCAAGCGUCCACGCACAUAG